AAAGUAUAACAACUUACAAACUUGGUUUCAUGUGGUUCUAUUCUCCCUCUUUUCGCAAUUUCAUAUCCAAAAUUUUAUUUUAUUGAUUAAAUAAAAUCCUAUUUCUCUUCCCGUGUCUCGAUCAUUCAUUCCAGCAGUUAUAUCUCCUUGAUUAUCCCUCUGGCAAAAUCUUUGUUCCCUUUUUCAUACCCUUUCUUGCUUUGGUAGUUGACAAAGUCUUCUGAUUCUUUCUCAACUGUUUCAGCUGUUCACGCUUAAUUCGUCGCAGAAAUUCAGUUCUGAAUUCGUUCCCCCAUAGAUCAGCAGUUCUUUUGGCCCAACCAAGAUUUCUGUUUUUCCAUAUGUUUGUGUCUGAUUCAUGGCUUCUGUUUUUCUUCUGCUGGCUGAAGAAUUUCAGUUGCGUGGAACAGUUUGAUUCAUGAUUUUCCACUUUCAGUUGAUUCUUUCUACAGCUUUGUCAUAAACUGCAUUACCCUUUUGGAAGAUCUUUGUAGGGUGCUCCGUAGUUUUCCGGGCGAUUAAAAAAGUUGACUUUUUUUUACCUCAAGAUUCUGAUUCUGGUUCCCUUUUGAGUUCUAGAACGUGGUAAUGAAGCUUGUGGUUCGUGUGAUCGAAGCAAAGAACUUGCCACCGACGGAUCCCAAUGGGUUGAGUGAUCCGUACGUGAGGCUGCAGUUGGGGAAGCACAGGUUCAGGACCAAAGUGAUCAAGAAGAGUUUGAAUCCAAAGUGGAAUGAAGAGUUUAGCUUUAGGGUGGAUGACCUUAACGAGGAGUUGGUUAUAUCUGUUAUGGAUGAAGAUAAGUUCUUCAAUGAUGACUUUGUGGGUCAACUUAAGGUGCCAAUUUCAAUUGUUUUUGAGGAGGAGAUCAAGUCCCUUGGCACUGCUUGGUAUUCUUUGCAACCCAAAAGCAAGAAGUCCAAGAACAAGGAAUCUGGUGAGAUUCGUUUGAGCAUAUAUUUUUCACAAAAGAAUGCAUCCAUGGAGUCACACGGUAGUAGUGAUGAUCUAUUAUCACAUCCAAGAACAAAAGAAUCACCUUCAAGAUCAUCCCCAGCCCAUUCAAACUCGUCUUCCCCUUCCAGUGAAGAAAUUACAUCUGCUAAGGAUGAAAAAUCUAGUACACAGAAAACAAUAACAGGUAGAAUUGCUCAAAUUUUUAAUAAGAGCUCUGAUGUGUGUUCAACCCACAGAAACAUUGACUUGGACCACUCUGAAGUUAACAAAGUUGAAGUUAGCGAGGUGAAUGACGAAGAUGAGUCCUCUAAUGUAACAUUUGAAGAAGCUAUGAGAAAAAUACAGUCUGAAGAUCAAGGCAAUGAAAUUCCUAACAAUUUACCAGCGGGAGUGUUUAUUGAUCAACAAUAUGUUAUUGCACCAGAAGACUUGAAUGAGUUGCUAUUUUCAUCAGAUUCAAAUUUUCUCAAGUCGUUGGCGGAGGUACAGGGUAAUACAGAACUAGAAAUAGGACCUUGGAAGUUUGAGAAUGAUGGGGAGAUCUUCAAAAGAUUAGUUUCUUAUGUCAAGCCUCCUAGUAAAUUAAUUAGGGCUGUCAAAGCCUACGAGGAACAGACCUAUUUAAAAGCCGAUGGCAAGAACUUUGCUGUUCUAGCCAGUGUCAGCACUCCUGAAGUUAUGUACGGGAGUACCUUUAGGGUAGAAAUACUCUAUGUAAUCACACCUGGACCGGAGUUGCCUACAGGAGAACAGUGUUCAUGUCUGAUUGUGUCAUGGCGAAUGAAUUUUCUACAGAGCACAAUGAUGAAAGGAAUGAUAGAAAAUGGGGCUCGGCAAGGCAUGAAAGAAAGCUUUGAUCAGUAUGCCACUUUGUUAUCCCAAACUGUUAAACCUGCUGAUCCAAAGGACCUUAGUUCCAAUAAAGAGCAAGCUUUGGCGUCAUUACAUGCAGAACCUGAAUCAGAUUGGAGGCUUGCAGUGCAGUAUUUUGCUAAUUUCACAGUAUUUACAACAGUUUUCAUGGGGUUGUAUGUUCUUGUUCACAUUUGGCUGGCUGCACCCAGCACAAUUCAAGGGCUUGAGUUUGGUGGGCUGGACUUGCCAGAUUCAAUUGGUGAAUUUGUUUUCUGCGCAGUCUUUGUUCUUCAAGGUGAACGCAUGCUGGGUAUAAUCUCACGCUUCAUAAAGGCCAGAGCACAAAAGGGUAGUGACCAUGGAAUCAAAGCACAAGGAGAUGGGUGGUUGCUAACUGUUGCCUUAUGUGAAGGAAGUAAUUUAGCUUCUGUUGAUUCUAGCGGGUUGUCUGAUCCAUAUGUAGUGUUUACUUGCAAUGGGAAAACAAGAACUAGUUCAAUCAAGUUCCAGAAAUCUAAUCCUGUAUGGAAUGAAAUAUUUGAGUUUGAUGCAAUGGAUGAUCCUCCUUCUGUGUUGGACGUGGUUGUUUAUGACUUUGAUGGACCUUUUGAUGACGCUGAAUCCCUAGGACAUGCUGAAAUUAAUUUUCUGAAAACAAACAUAACAGAUCUUGCUGAUGUAUGGGUUCCCCUUGAAGGGAAGUUGUCUUUGGCAUGUCAGUCUAAGUUGCAUCUAAGAAUUUUUUUGGAUAACACUAGAGGUGGCAAUGUUGCAAAGGAAUAUUUAAGUAAAAUGGAGAAAGAAGUGGGGAAGAAGAUUAAUUUGCGGUCUCCUCAAACAAAUUCAGCAUUUCAGAAACUCUUUGGGCUUCCAGCUGAGGAAUUUCUCAUCAAUGAUUUCACCUGUCAUUUGAAAAGAAAAAUGCCCCUGCAGGGCCGCCUAUUUCUUUCAGCAAGAAUUAUUGGAUUUCAUGCAAAUUUGUUUGGAAAGAAGACGAGAUUCUUUUUCCUUUGGGAAGAUAUUGACGACAUUCAAGUAAUUCCUCCUACAUUUUCUUCAAUGGGGAGUCCAAUAAUUGUCAUAACUCUUCGGAAGGGUAGAGGUGUGGAUGCAAGGCAUGGUGCAAAAACACAAGAUGAACAAGGCCGGCUGAAGUUCCAUUUUCAGUCAUUUGUGUCUUUCAACGUUGCACACAGGACCAUCAUGGCUCUCUGGAAGGCCAGAUCUUUGAGUCCUGAACAGAAGGUUGAGUUUGUUGAAGAACAAUCUGACAGCAAAAGUCUUAUCAGUGAAGAGAGUGGUUCAUUCCUUGGUCUGGAUGAUGUUAGCAUGUCUGAGAUCUAUUCUUGCUCGCUUUCAAUUCCUGCAAGUUACCUCAUGGAGAUAUUUAGUGGGGGUGAGUUGGACCGACGCGUCAUGGAAAAACUUGGUUAUCUUAAUUACUCUUAUACUCCUUGGGUAUCAGAGAACCAUGAUAUCUCCGAGAGAGCUGUAUAUUACAAAUUUGAGAAGCGUAUUUCAAGUUAUAAAGGUGAAGUGACAAGUACUCAGCAAAGAUCUCCCCUUCCAGAUGGAAAGGGUUGGCUUAUAGAAGAGCUUAUGAACCUUCAUGGAGUUCCUCUUGGUGAUUACUUCAACAUACACCUUCGGUACCAAAUUGAGGAUUUACCACCAAAAGCAAAGGGAUGCAGAGUGCAAGUAUUAUUUGGAAUUGAAUGGCUGAAAAGCUCAAAGAAUCAGAAAAGACUUACAAAGAACAUCCUACAAAAUGUGCAGGAACGUUUGAAGGUGACCUUCAGUCUAGCUGAGAAGGAGCUUUCACCAAAAUAGCAAAUGAAUCUUCCUGGACUUUGACUUAAACAAGUAUUGGAGCUAUCUGAAAUUCUGUUACCAAAAAUGUUGGCUUGGACUGGAAUAUAUGAUGCAUCAGAUCAUAAGGUUCGUGUGAUUGUGCUGUUUGGAGUUGGUUUCCAACACUAUGCUAAAUUCAUUGAAAAUAUCAGUUGAAAAAAAAUACCUUCUAAUGUGGGGGGAGAACUUGUAUAAUGAUGCUGAAAGUUGUUGUCAUGUGCUGAUUUACUACUAACUCUAUUCUUUGAACCAGAUAACCAAUUACUAACAGAAAAAGCUACCAGUUGUUCCACUGUACAUGACUAGUUUGACUCUGGCAGAAGAUACUCACUCAGAUCAGAUUUCCAAAUUUCCAACCCCUGUUGCUGGCAAUUCAAAUUUUGGAUUUUUUUGUUGCUGUAAACAUCAUAUUUACAAAGGUCACCACCAUUUAGUUACCUCAGUUAUUAAUUGUUACAAGAUAUCAACAACUGAGACUUUUGGUCAUAUGGAAAAUGUUGUAAACGAUAAUUUUUUAGGCCUAAGACAUUCAUGACACGAAGCUCAGGUCCUUUAUUCCUUGUAGAGAUUCAUUUGUUAGAAUUAUUCAUUAUGUUCUGGCCUUCUGACUA